AUGUUGUUUGCACUUUCGAGUUUGUUUGCAAAGACUGAGGCAGCCUACGUACAACACGUACCUUUCGCCGCAGCUCAAGAAGUAGCAAGCUCACAAGAAGUCCCAAGCAGUCCUGGAAGCAUGUCGCUUCUGGAAGUCCUGGUGACGCUCGCCAUGGUGUGCAUGGCGGCAUGGUUUGUGAACUACGACGUCGACUCCUUCAACGAGGAAAAGAAAGAAGUGACAGAGAGAGCAGAGAAGUUGAAGAAGGUUGAGGAAAGCCUGGAGAAGGAAAAGGAGGAGUUCGAAGACCGAAAGACAGAGUUUGAGGAGACAGUGAAAAGGUUUUUGAAGAAGCAGAAGGAGGUGAAGGAAAAGGAAGACAAAGUUACAGAAAGAGAGGAGAAGGUAGAGAAAGGCCAAGAGACCCUCCAAGAGCAAGCUAAAGCCUUAAGCGAAAAGGAGACAGCCCUUGAAGAAGCUGAGGAGAAUGUCAAAGGAAGAGAAGCAGAGGUUGAAAGGAAGAAAAAGGAGGAGAGAGAAGAGUACGCCAAGAAGUACGUGGACGACGCAAAGAAGGACUUGGAGAGAGAGCUUAAAUUGCUAAAGCAAGAAGAGAAAGUAACGAACCAAAAGCUCGACGACCUCCAGUACGACUACAAGAGCCUCAAGGACGACUACCAGUACUUCAAAAGUUACUCGAAGGAAGUGGACGCACUUCUACUUGCAGCUAAGGACAAGAUCGUGAAGUACAAGAAGAAGGUCAAAAGCCUCAAGGAAACCAUAGGAGACGACGCUACCGUCGACCCCGAGAUAGCCGAGUUCACGCAGCUUGGCUACGUGUGGGAGUUCAACAAGAAGACCCAGGAGUACCGCGUGAAGUGCGAGGACAAGAAAGGAAGCCAGAGAAUUAAGAACGCUCCGGUGAAAGGCCGCCUUCUUUGGAACAAAGUCACGGAGUGCUACAGAAAGCACAACGUGUGGUUCGUGGACGGAAGAGAGCUCGACAAAUACCUCGAAGGCAAGGAGAACGAGAAGAUCGAGGAAGAGGUGCAGCGACGCAUCGGCAUGAAGGGCAAGAACGACAACACAGGAACCAAGGGAAAAGGCCCUUCCUGGGACGACGGACAGAACGACAGUUGGUGGUAUGGCGAGCAGUGGAACAACGAGAACUGGAACACCACCGACGACGGCAGUGGUUGGUGUGAGAAUGCGAACCCGCACAACAAAGGCUACUGGCAGACGCCAGAAGAGUGGGCGCAGCAGAACCAGUGGGACCAGUGGACACCCAAAGGAAAGAGCAAAGGCAAGAAGUCCAAGAACUGGACGCAGACCCAGGCUAUCAGAAGAGCCAAACACCGGGCACAAACCCAGGGCUUCACAUGGUACAAGGGGCGCCGUAUUACGGCCCCGCAAAUUGCUGACGUUGCACUCCGCACGGCCGGGAGACCAGCCACCGAAUCCCACGCCACCAGAGGCAACCGAGCGGGGCAGCAUCACGUCGAGAGACUGAGCAUAUUGUCCCUCAACGUGGGCUCCCUGUCUACCUUGCUUUGGCAAGAACUUAAGGAAUACUUGGCGACGGCUCAGGCCGACGUCAUAUGUCUUCAGGAGACUCAUUGGUCCACGACCUCGGACUUCAUGGUCCAAGGGUGGCGCGCCAUUCACUCGGGUACCAAGGCCAGGGCAGACGGUAUCCUCACGCUAGUCCACCCGAGACACAACAAGCACGUGGUGAGACACGAGGAGAUUGUACCGGGACGGGCACGCCGUGUUCAGCUUCAAGCCCCCCACGGACGCAUCGAAAUACACAACUGCUAUCAGCAUCCCCACAAUUACACCGAGUCUCUAAAAAAGAAGCGCCACGCCUUUCUGAACAAGGUCACCAGGUCCAUAACCGGAAUCCCCCUUCGCACCACCCUCAUAGUGGCAGGCGAUUUCCAGGCGGAGGUGAAACCCUCCCCACCACACGUUGGGCGUUCAACGCGCAACACUCCCUUCCACGUGGGGCCGGAGGCCACAGACCCCGACGCUUUGGCACGAAUGGGCUGGUGGCGUUAA